GAUUAUAUUCGAAAUUCGUUUUGCAGAAGAUACCAAAUCAGAUACCAUGAAAAAGAAUGAGAUGACUAUAAAAGACAAAAAUGUGAAAACAACAUCGCAAUUUGUGAAACUACUAGAACUAAAUAACUUCAACCGGAAUCGUUCAUUACAUAAAAUGGCAAGUUCUUUAAUUGUCGCCGGCAUUGGCUUGGCUGCCGUGGGCUUCGCUGGAAAACAUCUCAUGCGUCGAAUGCCGGCCAUGGCCACUAAAUUAAAUGAGACCAUGAAAAAUUUACCAAAAUUUGAUGCAGAAUCUUUAGCAAACUCAAAAUACUACAAAGGUGGCUUUGACCCAAAAAUGAAUAAACGUGAAGCGUCGCUUAUCUUGGGUGUCAGUCCUAGUGCUUCUAAGCUAAAGAUAAAGGAUGCGCAUAAAAAGAUCAUGCUGCUUAAUCAUCCCGAUCGAGGGGGAUCUCCCUAUUUGGCAGCGAAAAUAAACGAAGCUAAAGAUUUUAUGGACAAUGGAAAAUAAUUAAAGUAAUUUGUGGUGUAGCAUAAAGUAGAAAUUAAAUAUUAGUAUCUAUAAUGAAAAAAUCCUAUUGUUUAAAAAUCCAAGAAGCGAUUGAUUUAUGUAAAAUAAAAAACAAAUCCCUAAUCGCAAUGAAAA